AUGUAUAGUACAACUCAGCUCUUUCUCUCUGAUGUCCUUCUAUCUAUCUAUCUAUCUAUCUAUCUAUCUAUCUAUCUAUCUAUAUAUAUAUAUAUAUAUAUAUAUAGAUGCAGCGAAACAGUCCGCUCCUUUUCUCUUUUUUUUCUCAAUUUCUCUUCUGUUUACAUUUUGUCUUUUUCAAUCUUGGUCUUUGUGCUUUCUUUCUCUUGGUUUAUUUUAAGUGUUUCUUUUUUCCUCACAACCUCUGCCUUUCUACCUUUAUCAUUUCAUUCUCUUUUCUUAUCAUUUCUUUCUUUCUGUUCUUCUUGGUCCAUACUUCUCUUGAGCACAGUCUGUUUUUUUUUUCUUUUUCUUUUAUCACACCAUGCAUCCAUUUUCACUAUUUUCCAUUUCUCAUAUAAUUUCUUUCUUCUUUAUGUUUUCUCAUUCUGCUGCUCUCUCAUUCUCUAUCUUUCCCUAUUGAUUUCUCUUUUAGACUCUUGUUUUCUCUUCCUUUUUUCUUUUUUAUCUUCAUUAUCCACUCUUUCAAGAUUCUUUCUUUCUUUAUUUAUUUAUUUAUUCAUUUCUCAUUUUUCUUUUUCCUCUCUUUCGUUUUUUCUUGUUUUCUUUAUUUAUUCAUUUAUAUAUUUCUCAUUUUUAUGUCUUCUUCUUUUCCUUUCUCUUUCUUUCUCUCGUCUUUCUUUAUCUCUGUUUGCUUUUCUUUCUUUCUUUCUUUCUCUCUUGCUUUCUUUAUUUCUCAUUUUUCUUUCUUUUCGUUUUCUUUUACUUUCUCCCUUUCUCGUUAUGUCUAGCUUUCUUUCUUUCUUUGCCUUAAUCCUCACCAUUUCUCUUUUCUUCUUUUCCCCCAUCCUUUCUCCAUCCUUACACCAUCUCUCUUUGUUUCUUAACCCACAUCAUAUCCAGAUAAAAGGGCCAACAAUAUUUAAAGAAGAAUUACUAUACAUUUUCUUUUUUUAUCACUUCUUCACAAUCAUUUAUAAUUUUGCUUGUUUCUUUUUCAUAACUUUUGGUUUCUUCUCUUUCAACUUCUUUCAAGAUUUCCUUCUUCAUAUUUUUCCCAAUAUUUUUCUUCAUUUUCUCAUUCUUUUUUCUCUCUCUCUCUCCCUUUUACUAUAUCUCUCUCUUCAUCUUUUUUUUUACCGUUUUGCAUUUUUUUUUAGUUCACUAAGGAAAAGAUAA